CACUAGAUGGAGUCAAAUACUGUUGAUGUGGUUUAAGGAUUCGUUAGGUUAGGAUAUCUGUUAUUUUUACUCGCAUAUCUUUAUUAUUACUAAAAUUAAUUAUGAAUAAAGUACUAUUAGUAUUUGCACUAUUAUCAGUGCUAAUCCUUGUGGCUGCAAAAAAGCCUAAAGAUAAGCCUGAAUGGGCUAAAAAGGAUAUAAGAGAUUAUAGUGAUGCAGAUAUGGAAAGACUUUUGGAUCAAUGGGAGGAAGAUGAAGAUCCUCUGGAUGAUGAUGAGUUGCCAGAACAUUUGAGGCCAAUGCCCAAGAUUGAUAUGACUAAGAUAGAUGCAGCAGACCCUGAAUCAUUGCUGCAGAUGACCAAAAAGGGGAGAACUUUAAUGACCUUUGUUAAUGUUGCUGGGAAACCAACGAGGGAGAAAACUGAGGAAGUUACCAAGCUUUGGCAAACUAGUUUAUGGAACAACCAUAUACAAGCUGAAAGGUAUUUGGUAGAUGAUCAUCGAGCUAUAUUUCUUUUCAAAGAUGGAUCUCAAGCAUGGACAGCUAAAGAAUACAUGGUGGACCAAGAGCUUUGUGAAAGUGUAACUAUAGAGAACAAGGUGUAUGAUGGGAAACAUGUUAAGAAAACUCAUAAAUCCGAUGAGUUAUAAAAUCAUUCCAUUCUUAAUACUAAAUAAUAAAUAUAUGUAACAUACA